AUACCCCGACCAAUGUCGUCCGUUCAAAAGCCGUCGAAUGGAUCAGGAGAGCAUCCAGCGAUUUCCUGUUCAAUUUCAUGCCCCAGCUCGUUGAAGUGCUGCGUUUUGAGCUGUAUGAGGACUCUUCACUUGCCGAGCUGCUGUUAGAACUCUCCUACAAAGAUCUACGCUUUGCGUAUGAGCUGUAUUGGCAAUUGCAACAACGGGUGGACCAUUGCCCGGCCAACGACUUUUCCGCGAACACGGCCUGUUACGUCAGGAGGUGUCAAAUGUUGCAGAAAGAGUUGUUGUCAAGAAAAGAAUCAGCCCUCCUGACCCACAGCAUCUACCUGCAGCACAAACUUCUGAACACCCUAGAUGACCUUCAACGAGAACUGAAGAUUACGACGGAUAGUGAAAAGCUCAACAUCCUCCGACAACGCCUCGGCUUCCUGGAUGGAGAUUUACUUGGCCGAAACGUGCGACUGCCGAUUUUGCCGUCUUUCAAAGCGACUGGGAUUGACGUUGCCAAGUGUGGGAUCUUUAACUCGAACGCCAAGCCAUUGCGCAUCGUUUUCCGGGGGUUGAAGAGCAAAUUUUCGGUGAUUCACAAAGACGGCGAUGACAUGCGACAAGACGCGCUUGUGAUCCAGCUGGUUCGAGUGAUGAACGACAUCUGGUUGUGCGAGGGACUGGACCUGCGGAUGAUCACUUUCCGUUGCGCUACGGUUGGAUAUAGGAAAGGCAUGGCCGAGCUCGUGUCCGACUGCCAAACCCUGUGCGACAUCCAAAAAGCCGAGGGCAUGGCCGGGGUGUUCAAGGACGAUGUGUUAUGCAAGUGGCUGGAGAAGUACAACUCGUCCGAGUAUAGCUAUAAAGUGGCGGAGGACAACUUCCGGCGCUCAUGCGCAGGGUGGUGCGUGGCGACGUUUGUGCUGGGGAUUGGCGAUCGUCACAACGACAACAUCCUAUUGACGUCGAUGGGCCACGUCUUCCACAUCGAUUUCGGGAAGUAUAUGGGCGAUUGGCAGAUGGCUGGACCGGUGAAGAGAGAUCGUGUCCCAUUCGUUUUCACCAAAGAGAUGUACGCCGUCAUCAACCGGGGUGAGGUCCAGGGCGCCAACGAUGGCUACCAAUCGUUCAUCGAUUUCUGCUGCCAAGCCUUCAACCACCUGCGCAGUAAACACGCCCAUAUUUUGAGCUUGUUGAAAAUUAUGCAAUGCUCCGACAUCCCUGGCAUCAACGCUCAAUCCCUCCAUUUUGUGCAAAAGAACCUGAUGCUCGGUAUGAGCGACACCGACGCGACGGCUGAAUUUACGAAGAUGAUCACGAUCUCUCUCGGCUCAACGUUCGUCCGGCUGAACUUCUUCGCGCACACCUUCGCCCAAAUGCUGAGCGGACAAACUGUACGACCAAUUGACCAGCCAGAUACGCUGUCAUUUGUACCUCAUCGGCAUACGAUGGAAACCGACGGCCGAAUCCAGGACGUAAAGCUCCUAUACCCGGAAAAACGCAUGAUGCCCCAGAAAGUUUAUCUGUAUCGAAUGGUUGUCUACCGAGACCAGGAAACCAUUGCCACCACCGUAUACCGUUCGUUCGCCGAAUUCGAGGAGUUGGCUUUGAAGCUGAAGAUGCGGCACCAUUCCUCAGCUCCAAACUGGGUUAAGGAAAACGCACGGUCCAACAACCGGGAAGUUGCCUUGAAACGGCUUUCGGCCAUGAAGGACUACCUUCGAGUACUUCUUCACGGAGCGCCGUCAGCAGUACGAAACGACCCACUCGUCUACACGUUUUUCCAUAUCAUCCUCCGGGACAACACACUCCAAAAUGGACCUGAAGUCCUGGAGCCAGCAGCCGGCCGUCCCGUCCAAAUCCGGCUUCUGCUCUCCUGGCAAGCGACGACGAGCCAGUUGAAAGUUUUUGUCGGGCAUGUCAAGCAUCUACCAAUGUUGACGACCGGACAGGCCCCAGACUCCUACGUCAAAACCUAUCUUCGCCCGGAUCAGAAUUCCAAGAAAAAGACGAAAAUCGUAAGGUCUUCGUUGAACCCAACGUUUAAUGAAGAGUUGUGCUACGACAUUGGUGAAGUACGAGACGUAAAACGAUUCCUCGAUGGCCAUUCGCUAGACGUUUCAAUCUGGAGCGCCGGAGGGUUGAAGGACAACAAUAAAAUGUUCCACACCCAAAUCCAGCUCCAUCGACUCUACAACAAAACUGCGGAUCGGAAGGGCAAUUUAUCAUGGGACGACUGGCAUGAUUUGUCAAAGUUUGGGCUUCAUCUGCCGCAUUCC